AUGCUUCCUAGUUCCUCACUCCUCACUGGCCUCUUGUGUGUCCCAUUGGCAGGGGCUAAGUUGAUGGAUCUUCCUUCAUAUGACGAGGCAAGGCAGCACCCACCGACGCCAGGCCCAGGGGUGCUUCACGUGCCGCCUCCUCCCACAUACGACGCCUCCAUGUCCUCUCCAUCCCCUUCCACCCCACCCCCCUCCUAUGGAGAAGCAGUUGAGUUUGAGCCCAAUCACUUUCCUGUGCUGUCAGUGCCCAUGAGCCUUCACCAAAACACAGGGGUCUUCAUCUACCCGACCACAGACGUGCCUGUGCUUGUGAGUCAGUCCACCAGUGUGACCCAGAGCAGCCCUGCGGUCAUAUACCAGCCUCAGCCUGUUCCUCUGGUGGUGGCCUGCCAUCUGACCGACAGCCCUGCUCUGGUACAAUGUUCUCACUGCGGGCGCACCGGUACCACAAACAUCACCAACGUGCCCAAUGGAACCGCCUGGUGCCUCUGUGUGCUGCUGUCACUCAUGGGGUUGGUCUGUGGCUUCUGUCUGAUUCCACUGUUUGCGAAAAGCUAUCAGGAAGCACAUCACUCCUGUCCACACUGUGACCAAGUGAUUUGUGCACUGGUCACUGUGGACGGUGAGGUGGACACUAUGGAGGGUUGGUUGCUGCUUCUGGGGCUUGUGAACGUGUGUGUGUGUGCGUGUGCGCUGGACACUCACACAACAGUGUCCAGAGAGGGGGCUGUUCUACAACUUAACAAAGGCAACUUCCACAAGGCUCUGAAGGAACACAGCCAGCUCCUGGUGCACUUCUAUCGACCUAUGAGUGCUGACGUCCAUCAAGUGUCCGAGGCCUUUGCAGAAGCAGCAGCACUGAAUCCAGACUCAGAGGUCUGCUUUGCGACGGUCGAUACAGAAAAAGAAAAGGACCUGGCUAAAGAUAUGAAUGCCACAGAGCCACCCUUCAUGAGACUGUAUCUGUCUGGAGAUAGACUCACCCCGGUGCCCUGUCCGAAUCCUAAGAGCUCCUCGUCCAUUCUGACCUGGCUCCAGAGGAGGGCGGGUUCUCCUGCUGACCUCGUCACGGACGACAUCCAGCCGGAGCAUCUGCUGGUGCUCGGAUUGUUCAAAGAGCAGAAUGAGGCGUACGUCCAGGUGUUUUAUGAGGCAGCAGUAGAGCUCCCGGACCUGCCCUUUGCUUUGUCGCACAGUGAUGAUGUCAUCCGUAAAUAUGGCCUUGGUGAGGAUGUCGUGUUGGUGCUUAAACAGUCCAAGCUAAUGCAGGCAUAUAGAAUGAGCUCAGCGACGACCAAAGAGGAGCUCCUUCUGUUUAUCACCGUCUUCCAAAUGGACCCAGUCACAGAAUACUCUGGACAGACGGCUUCACAGAUCCUGAGCUCUCCUAUUCCAAACCACGCACUUUUAUUCAUCAGGAAAACAGCUCCAGAUUUUGAAUCCAUUUAUGCCGCCUUCAACCGCACAGCUGCAGCCUUCAGGUUAAAACUCUUGUUUGUCCUGGUGGACGUAGAUGAGACCCGUAAUGGCCGCCUGCUGGAGUACUUCCGGGUCCGGGACUUUGAGGCCCCUCUGGUCAGAGUUGUAAACCUGACCGAUCAUGUGACGUACCACCUGCCCUCUCUCACUCUGGACGUGGACACCAUCAGCUCCUUCUGCCAGGACUAUCUGGACGGCAACGCCGCGCCCAAGAUGCAGAGUGAGCCUGUCCCAGAGGACUGGGAGCAGCGGCCUGUCAAACAGCUGGUGGGCUCCACUCUGGAGAAAGUGGCAUUUCACCCAAACAAGACCGUGUUUGUACUGUUCUACCUGCCGUACAGCCCUCAGUCCCGAGCAGUGUUCCCGCUGUGGGAGGAGUUAGCAGAGGCCUUUAGAGAACAGUCAGAUGUGAUAAUCGCUCGAAUUGACGCCUCUGCCAACGACAUCCACAUGUCUAUGCAGCGGCAGUACCCCUCCUUCUGCCUCUUCCCCGCCCUCUACGCUGAGCGGGUGAUAGUCUAUAGCGGUGAUCACAAUACAAAAGACAUGGUGAAGUUUGUUCAUAAAGAAAUGAAGAAAGCCAAAAAGGACAGAGUUGUGGAAGAUGAAGACAGGAGGAAAUACAGGGAGACAUUGAGGGAGGAAGAAGCCAACAAAUUCAAGCAAAACAAGGAGGAGCUGUAA